GAGCUUUCCUCUGGAUGGCGGAGGCAGGAGGGGGAUGUCACUUAGAGGAAGGCGGUCUCAGAGACGCACAUACACAGAGAAGUGUGGCCGCGCUGGUUCAAGUGAGGAUAGGGACCGUCCUGAGCUGAACUCAACGAUACAAAUAGGAGCUGCGGCAAUCCAAGUGGAGCAGAAUGAAGGUGCGCCACACCGAUGAUAAUAUUAAGUAACAGAGUGGAUCUGCAGUAUUAAAUCAGAGGACGCGGAGAGAAGCGAACUCCCUCAACUGGACGUUUAGACAAAAGGAGUUAUGCGAACCGGCAGAGAAAAGUGAUCACUCAGUAGAGGUGGCACUGUUGCUGCGUCCUCGCCUCCCACACUCCUCAAAGUCCAACGAUCACUCAGCACCACACAGCGGUACACUCCACUAUCUGCAACAAGGAAACACUCAUCUAACAGCCCAGACUCGAUGUUUGACGAAGAGUCCCAACAGAUGAGGGUGCAGCAGGAUGCAGCUGCGCUUCUGCCCAUGGAGGUGUCUGCAGGAGGAGCCGGAGGAGCAGGAGGAGGAGCAGGAGCAGCUCCUAUGUCCUUCACAGAUGAAGCUGUGUCCAUCCUGACAUCCAGCAGUCUCUUGGCCCGUUCCCUGCUGGGCCGCACCUCUCCCAUCAAACGCAAAGAGAGUCCGUCCUCUAACAUCAGACGCAAGCGUGAGUUUAUACCCCUUGACAAAAAAGAUGAGGGCUACUGGGACAAAAGGAGGAAGAACAACGAGGCAGCUAAACGCUCACGGGAGAAGCGGCGUGUGAACGAUAUGGUUCUGGAAAGCCGUGUUCUGGCUCUCUUGGAGGAAAAUGCUCGACUCAGGGCAGAGCUGUUGGCUUUAAAAUUCCGGUUUGGCCUGGUCAAAGACCCUUCCAAUGCCCCUAUUCUGCCCCUCACUUCAACUCCUCACCACACCAGUCAAAGUUUGACUCCUCAUUAUUAUCUCCACAGGGGAGAUGGAAACCUCCCCGGUUCUUCAGUCACACAUACCAACAACCAGGCUGGCCAGCUGGGCACCCGUGGCACCAGAGACACUGGUAACUUGUCUGAGGACUCUGGGUUUUCCACACCAGGUGGGUCCAGUGUGGGCAGCCCGAUCUUCUUUGAAGACCGACUGAGUGACCAUGGAAAACUAUCUCCACACAGGGCAGAGGAGCUUGGCUACGAGCUCCAUCAUUCUCCUGCUGAUGGCCUUGGGAACAUCACUGCAGGGUUCACUGGAGGCAAAAUGGACCAAGCUGAGGUGAUGAAAAACCUUCCUCACAAGCUGCGCUUUAAGAUGCCUGGCAGCGGGGAUGGGGGUGACACUGCUGGAGACAACAGCAGUGCCAGACGGAGCCCUGCGCUAUCCACAGUGGGACGGGAAGGUCACAGAGAAGCUGUGAAGGGACCAGGACUGAGCAGAGGUGAAACAGGAGCAGGGCAAAGCAGCCCCUGGCUCCACCAGCCAGAGGGAGAGGAGGGCAAGAGGGGGAGGCAGUCCCCCUUGUACAAUGCCACAUCUGCCAGCUACAGCAUCCAGUCUCCAAUGCAAGGCCAGACAGAGGUUCAGUAUAAGCAUGAGAACAGUUACCUGAAGGUUCAGCUCAACUCCCUCAGUGAGGAGGUGGCUCAGCUGAAGAAACUUUUCACAGAACAGCUCAUGGCCAAAGUCAACUGAGAACCAAGACUGAAUCAGUCAAUGUUUGCUUCUGUCUGGACUUAGAAGAAAUUCAGGACAAAAACACAAGUACUGGGCCAUGCAAGGUGUACAAGAGCCAAUGUAACUGAACUUUCAACUCCGUAACUUAAUGUGUUGUCUUUUUCCAAAUACUGUAUGAUACUGUAAUUUUUGUCUGUAACAAUUCAUCUCAUAAUACUUUCCUCCAGGUUUUAACUACUCAUUUCCAAUCACUGUUGGUGAGACAGGGAGUCUCAUAUGUAAAAAAAAAAAAAUAUAUAUGUAAUCCUGUUAGAUGUGUAAUAAUUCCUCUAUCUCAUACACUGUGACAACUAAAAAAACAUACAACAUAUAACUGUUUACACCAUAACACUGCAGAAUUUUUGGUAGCUUGGCAGUUCUGGAGUUGCCCUAAAUCCAGCUGGGAGUCAGCCAGUAGGUUGUUAUCACACCACAAUAGAGGAAGUGUUUUCAAUUUUGUUAUGAGUGUGGUAAGACUUACUGCACAAGUUUCCCACCACUGAGACAGGUUUGCUAAAGCUUGUAAACACAAGCCGAGACAGACAGUAAAUACCCACAGAAUCACUGACAGCACAGGCUGAAAUACAACACCUCCACUGGUCUGGAGGCUCAAAGAAACGAUUGUUCAGAGUUUGAUUUCUCGUACACAAUGUGUUCUUGUAGAAGUGUCUGCAAUGACUCCAUAUGUAUGAGGCAACUUCAUGUCAUGGUUCUAUCAGGAGAGCACGAAGACAGGUUUUUACAUGUGGAAUACCUUUCAGGAAAGAUACUGCAACAUCCACUGUUUGUAUAUGUUUGUGCAUGGUUUGGAUACACUGUUUAAUGAAGUCAAUGUCUGCUGUCUAUGUACAUCUGUAUAUUUGAAAAUAAAUUUUGACAGAUGAA